AUGGAAAGGCUUCUGUCCUCUUCACCCCCAACCCCUUUGAAACUCCAUCUAAAACCCUCUCCUUUCCUCAGUCGACUCGCUCGUAUUGAACUCGGUUUUCCCGCUUCACAACUGCCCAAUCUCAGACGGGUCCGCUUGGUUUCCUGCAAACAUCAAAACCCAUCUCCAUUUUCUUCUGGUUCUCCUUCUUCAUCGGCGCCGUCGAACAUUCUGCCGUCUCUCUCGUCGAACCGCGCCGGGUCGCCGAAUGGGUCGGAGCCAAAAUCCCAGAUUCUCAAUCAGAUCGCAACCAGGGAUUCUAAGCAGCGCAAGGCCAUCACCACUGGAGCAUUUGUUGCGCUUUCUGCACUUGUUUUGAUCUUAAUACAACCAGCUAUUGCACCAGCGGCUUUUGCAUCCUUUCCAACUGCAACCAACACUGGUAGCCCAGCCGCUGCUAUUGGGGGAAGACUGAUCCAGACAGAGUUGCUUAGCAGUGCAUGGACUGGUUUCUUUGCUGGUUGCUUACACACAUUAUCAGGGCCAGACCACCUAGCUGCUUUGGCUCCACUCUCAAUUGGACGUACCCGCAUAGAAAGUGCUCUAGUCGGAGCCCUCUGGGGAUGUGGCCAUGAUGCUGGCCAGGUUAUCUUUGGCUUGAUAUUUCUCUUACUAAAGGAUAGGCUUCAUAUUGAGAUUAUCCGAACUUGGGGCACAAGAGUUGUGGGGCUUACCCUACUAGUUAUUGGUGGUAUGGGUAUUAAGGAAGCUUCAGAAAUCCCUACUCCUUGUGUUGCCUUAGAGAAGGGCGAGUGUGAUGUUAGUGUAUAUGAGUCUCUAGAUAACCCUACAGUCGGAAAGAAGAAGAUUGGUUUUGCUACUUUUGCCACUGGAAUUGUCCACGGGCUGCAGCCAGAUGCAUUGAUGAUGGUCUUGCCAGCCCUCGCUUUGCCAUCUCGAGUAGCUGGCGCUGCAUUCCUGGUUAUGUUUUUAGUUGGGACCGUAGUUGCAAUGGGAAGCUAUACUGUCUUCAUAGGUUCAUGUAGUCAGGCAUUAAAGGAUCGAGUUCCCAGAAUUACAGAGAAACUGACAUGGGCUUCAUCCCUGGUUGCAAUUGCUCUUGGAUUCGCCAUCAUCAUCAGCCAGUUCUUCGGGUAUAGCCUGUAUUAGAUUUUUUGACCCGGUAAAGACGAACGUUUUGAGGCUUCUUCGCAGGUGUUAGAUAAAGAUCUUAGAAGGAUUAUUCGAUUUGUUUAGAACAAAAAUUCGUCUGCGCAGUUUUAUUUUAGAGGGCAACCCUUCUACAAGUGUAAUUCCUAUAUAGGUUUUCGUUUGCCUUAUGUUAAAUGGUUAACCUUCGUCUAAACAAAUUGUUCUAUUUUGUUGCACUAGUUGUUCAUAUCAGUUGUUAUGGGAUUAUAAAUUCUAUGUCAUGUUUUCGUUA